AUGUCCGAGUCAACGUUUACCUCCUUUGCCGUCGCCGGCGCAGGAACUAUCGGCUCCUUGAUUGCGGAGGCCCUCCUCAAAUACAAAUCAGCGGGUAAAAUCAAAGAGGUUUUUGUCCUCACUCGUACUGAAAGCAGCAACCCUGUACUCGCCUCCCUCGCCUCCAAAGGAGCCACAAUCGUCCCGGUAGACUACGCCUCCAUAACCUCUCUCAUCAACACCCUUUCAUCUCUCAAAGUCGAAGUUUUCUUCGCUACCUUCAGCCGACCUGGCGGGGAGCUUGAUCCUGCUACUCCAAAGGUCGAUCUCGUCGCCGAAGCAGCGAAAGCCGCAGGCGUGAAGCUGUUUAUACCGUCCGAAUUUGGCAUGCCCACGUCGGAUGUGAAGGAACCAGAGACGAAGGGUUUUAUUGUGGAGAAGUUAAAGUUGCAUCAGAGUUUGAGGGAUUUGAACCUCCCGUUUACCCUGUUCUUUACGGGUCUGUGGCCUGAGUAUUGUUUGAUCCCAGCCUUGAGCAUAGAUUUCGAGAAAGGGACGGCAUUAGUUGGCGGAGACGGUAACAUGCCUAUUUCGUGGACCUCCAAGUACGACGUCGCGUCGUUCGUGGCACACGUCCUCACUACGCUCCCUCCUUCUAAACUCGAGUGGCAAACUUUCCGCAUCGAGGGCGACCGCCUCUCCUACAACCAGAUCUUUGAAGCCUUCGAGAGGAAAACGGGCAAACACAUCGCCGUCUCCUACAGGCCUGUCGAAGAAUUGAAGGCAGCCGUUGCGAGAGACCCGCAUGGCGAGUUCGUGAGCAGCCUCUUCUGGAUGUGGGCGAUUGGCGAGGCUCAGGUGGGAAAGCCGGACCAGCUGUCGAAUGGGUUGUUCCCGGAGUGGAACCCAAAGAAGGUCAUUGACAUCAUUGCGCCGUGA